AUGUGGGCGCCUCUGCUGGAUAUACCCUGUUCCUCGCAGAACAGGAACAUAGUGGCGCGCAGGCUUGACGUAGGCCAAACUAGGGCAAACCUGCACGGUCUUCUCGGCAUGUCGGGCUCAUUCGGGCGCACAGGACAGCGGAGGCUGAUUGGCUCCGUCAUGCUGCAGAUUAGCAGCAAGCUAGAUCAUAAAAAUUUACUUCGAGAAAAACCUACAAUGUAUGUCAAUAUAUGGGGAGAAGUGUUGACCAUGGGAACAUCUUACAUGCUGAUCUUCAAUAUUGUGCGGCGGCAUCGUAAAUACGAUGACUACAUCCCCAUGGAGUCUUCAGGCUAUGGUGGGAGGGCACUGUUCUUGGUGCUGAGGUUAAAUAUUGAAAGCGCAUAG